UGGAAAGAGUAUGUACUGAGUCUCUUCCUUUCUGUACUGUAUUUUGUUAACUGGGGACAAUUCUUACCUCAUUACGGCGCUCAUUGAAUGGACUAGCACUGACAAGACCCUCCGUCUCCUAGGUGCUGAUCAAUAUCCGUCGCUUUUCCAUGGCCCGAUCAAAAGACGAGCAUACAGUCGCUUGCUUUUCCCUUUUCGCCUUUAGCAACGAUUGUCCUUACCGACUGUCGUUAUCAUCGAUAACGCCGGCCUUAACCGCGGCCUGUAUCUCCACCCGGCCGGAAAUCUUACGGAUAGCCACAAUGCGCUGCGGACACGGUCUUUGCGGCUGAUCCCGAGGCUUUACAUCACAAUACUUGGGCACUUGACAGAAGUGGCUCAAGGGAAGAUUGAGGUGUUGUAUCACACGUUGACAUGGCUCCAGCUUCUACUGUCGGCGGCAAUGUCUUGCCAUCAUCGGAUCCGGACACCUCCGUAGAGGUAACAGCGACAGAUCAAACCGCCGAUACACCUGGCUUGGAAGUAGAUGCUGCAACCCCAGACAAACUAGCCACCUCUGACAAUGUUCGAGAUAGCCCAUUUGGUGACGGAGGGGCCUUGACCCCAAAUAGCACUACAAUGAGCGCUUCACGCACACCAGGUAGUGAUACCAACCGACGAAAGGACGCCGCACGGAAGCCUAGGCGUGUUCGGACCGGCUGUCUCACUUGCCGAGAGCGCCAUCUGAAAUGUGACGAGGCUUUGCACCAGUGCCAAAAUUGCCGGAAAUCAGGCAGAUUAUGCAGACGGGGAGUUCGCCUCAACUUCAUCGAUAUACAAACGGUAGCCCCUCCUCAUUAUAUUCAUCCUUCUCCGGGAUCCCGUGUGACGUUCCGUGAUGAGUCUAGACACAUAGCUUCUGAAUACGUUGGAGGGUUUGAGAGAUAUCCUCCGCCAGUAGCGGACAUUCCAUUGAAGGUAGACGAUCUUACAAGUCCCCCUUUACCGUCGGGGUAUAAUUCACAUCCCGCUCCCCAAUUUGUAUCAGGCCCAGGGGCUCAGCCGGCGAGUAUGAGUUCUACAUUUGGUAGCCAUCCUCAACCCACUUAUCACCCUCUCCAAGAUCAAAGCUCUUCAUAUGCCCCUUUCAAUUCAGCAAAAGGGGAUGUGGAUUCUAAUAGUUAUCCAUCUCUUCAUGAUCCAAACGACGUUUUCCUCAUGCAAGUCUUUGUAGAAGAGGUCGGUCAAUGGAUGGACUCGAUGAACGAUGUAAAACACUUCACGCAUGUCUUGCCAUUCCAUGCGCUUAGAGAACCUAUGCUUCUAAAGGCAUUCAUAGCAUGCGGUGCCCGUCAUGUACAUCUCACAAACCCUUCUUAUGGGGAAGAAAAAGCCUCGUAUUUUCAUGAUGCAGCUUCCAGAGACCUCCUAAGUGCGCUACACGACCCAGACCGCGACUCAGCCUUAUGUGCAACUACUGCUGUCGUCCUUAAUGUUUAUGAAUUGAUGUGUUCGAAGUCGUUUCCGUCAAUCCAUGGUAUGAAUCACAUCGCCGGUGCACGAGCCCUCAUCAAGGAGUGUCACUGGAAUGCGAGGACCCCAGGCCUUGGUGGGGCUUGUUUCUGGCUUAACGUUAGUAUGGAACUGCUAAGCUGUAUGCAUUUCAAUUGGGCCUUAGCUUGGGAUCCGGACACGUGGGGGGUUAACAUGGACUUCGAGCAAGCUCAACCUAGUGUUGCUGGCAAUGAGGAACUGUGGACCCACCGGAUGGUCUAUAUCUGCGGCAAAGUUGCAAACCUUCGGUCGUCUAUGUCCCAACACCAACCUCUAGAUCGUUCGACAAACGAUAUGGAGAUCAACCAGCGAUGUCAGGAAUGGACGAUGUACAAUGAGUGGUGCGAUAAAUGGGCGAAAGCCGUACCUCGCUCUAUGAUACCUCUUGCUUAUCUCCCAGCGUGGCAGACCAAUCCGAAAUCAUCCUUUCCAAACAUAUGGCUAAUCAAACGGGCUUCAAUUAUUGCUCGGCUAUUCUACCACACUACACGGAUUCUUCUCACAAAGACACAUCCAUUAGAAUCCGAGUUUAGCCCGGAGAUGCAAAGCGUGCAACAAAGUCACGCUCAUGACGUAUGUGGGAUUGUCGCGAAUGUAAAGGACAGAGGGUUUGCUAGUCUGUCUAUUCGCUUUCUAGCCAUCGCGGCAGAGUGUCUGGCGACGAGGGUGGCUCAAGAGGAGGUCUUUCGGAUAAUUGAUAACAUCGCCAAAGACACGGGCUGGAAAUCAGACCAAGUUAAAGAAGGGCUUCAGCAAGCAUGGGGCUGGCACCCAGCCCAGCAGCACCACCCAGUUUCUACAGAUUCGAACGCGUUGUCUUUGCUCAAUGAUCACCAUACAUUCGACCUCGAUCCUACUUCGACCCUUCUUAAGAUGCCUCCCGGGGUUGUCAACCCCAUCAUGGCAUUUGCGGAUUUCUCUCUGGAUAAUCAUCCGUACCAAGAUCAUUACGUUGCGCCGCAUCAAAUCAGUGAGUACCAAUGUGGGAGCUUAUAGAUUUUUAAAAAUGUACCGAUACGAUGGCGUUUGGUGGGAUUUGUUGAUUAUUUGUGCGAUACCCUUGGCAGGCGUUAUCUUUCUACGAUACCUUUCGCGAUAUUGUUUCUUUUCUCUUGCGCCAUUGGACUUAAGGUGUCUACAACGGGAUGUGUAAUAGCGAUAUACAAUAUAUAGA